AUGGACGCGCAAGAGCUGCGGCAGCUGUCCCGCAUCGAGAUACAGAAACUGGCCAAGGUCCACGGCCUCAAAGCCAACCUCAAGAGCGCGAGCAUCAUCGCACAGCUCGUCGCGCUGCUUCCCACAGGCGUGCCACGGCUGCCCCGCGCGCCGUCGCCCACCGCGUCCGAGACGGGGCAGAAGCCCGCCGAGCAGAAGCAGAAGCAGAGCCGCGCGGGGCGCACACCGGGCGUGGCCACCCGACGCAGCGCGCGGCUGCAGCCACGGCCGCCCGCCGACGAAGACCCAUCGCCGACAGAGACCCAUCCCCACCCCCGCGCGCGCAGAACAACGCCCCGCGCCAAGCCGCCGCCGCCGCCGUCGCCGCCGCGCGCCGAAACCCCACAGACGACGAUCAAGCAGGAGUCGCGCUCCGACACCGCCGCCUCGCGCGGGGUCCGAUGGGCGCCUUCGCCCGGCACGCGCGUCGCCGAAUGGCGCGAGCGGCUCUACGCCGGCGGCGGACCUGCGCCUUCGCCCGAGCCGAUCGCCGACCCGGACGCGGCGCCGCUGGACCCGACGACGGAGACGCGGAUCACGCGGGCGCAGGCGGAGUUUGUGGCGGGCGAGCUGGGAGAGAUGCGCGCGGCGGGGGCGGUCGCGCGGCGGGUGAGGGAGGUGCGGGGGGUGGUGGCGGGGAUCGCGGCGGCGGUGGGGGAGGUGCGGGCGGAGGGGGGCGCGGGGGCGCGUAUGAGGAUGGGGAUGCGCGGGGUGCUGGAGGGGGCGUUGGCGGCGCAGGCGCUGGCGAGGGAGCGCAGGGAGGGGCUGAGGGGGGCGCGUGGGGGGGCACGGGGAGGGCCACGAGGGCAGGCAGGCGCGCAGCGGGAGACACAGGCGCGCGCGCGGGGGGAGGGGUCGAAGCGUAAACGCCGCAUCGAGGAGGACGAAGACGAAGACGAAGACGAGGCGGCGCACCGCGCCUCCCGCUCGCGCUCACGCGCCGGGGAGCUGUGGGCCUCGUCGCCCUCCGGCAGCGUAGAGGUGUAG